UUCGGUUUUCCGUGCUAUCUGAUCUCACCCAAGUAUGACCAUAGAUGUCAGACAAUGAACCCCUUGCCAGAAUACGAACAUGAGAAGUUGAGUGAAUAAGCCUCCUGAAACCAUCAUCACCACCUAUGAUGCGCGUGUCAAGGCCACUGUCGCACGUAAUGGGUGGCUUAUAGGUCACAGAGGCCCCGGAUUGUCGUCUGCCUAAGCUAGCGCGCUCACUUCAAAGCUUAGCUAACACUACCAACGUGAUGGGCGAGGUGAUGGACGACGACAAUAUCAAGGCGGCCAAUCAAGCUUGGAGGAAAAAGCCUCGCAAGUUCGCUCCAAAGUCAAGACUAGGCUGUAAGACUUGCAAGAUAAGACGAGUAAAAUGUGAUCUCUCUCGGCCUUCGUGCAUGAAAUGCAAGUCCACAGGCCGCACUUGCGACGGCUACAGUGAAACACUCAAUACUCAUAAGGUCGAGGUUGCAUCGAAGCAUUACCUGACCGAGGAUGUCACCCUGACUAGUGCAUCUCAUGAGCCCAUACAAUGGCCUGCAAAAAGGCUAGGCUUCACAUUGUCGCAUCUCAACCCCUUCAUGAUUCUACCAAACACAGAGCCCGCCCAGACUGAGGCGAUGUAUUUCUUCGAGUGUGUCUCAAUCAGGCAUCUAAACGAAUACCGCCCCUGCACCUCAUGGCGAAAGACUCUGAUGUACUUUUCGCAAACCGUGCCAGCAGUGCGGUACGCCGCUAUAGCCCUGGCAUUGGUCCAACGAAAUCAUGUCUCGAGCAAUCAUAUGCGUCACCCGGAUAAGCCUGCCUUGCGUUACUAUAAUCGCGCGAUCCAACUCCUUCUAAACCAGGAAAAUGCCAGCAAUAGUACUGAAGUAACAGCCAUCACCCUCCUGGUGUGUUAUUUGUUUACCUGCUUCGAUCAUCUAGCGGGCAACUACGUGCAAGCAGUGAAGCAUCUGCGCGGCGGCGUCGAGCUCUCGCGGAAUAUCGACCAGUGUAUACCGGACAAGAAUGACAUAUAUAACGAUACCCAACCCUCGGGUGUUCGUGCGCUCAUUUGCCAGGUCACGGCGCAGAUUCGGCGUCUCGACAUGCAGGCCGUCACGUUCUUAACGGACUGGACGCCCGCAGAUAUCCAAGAGACAAUUAUGUCACAUCACUUACCCUCUACUAGCGCCUUUCGCUCACUCGAAGAAGCGGCUGACCACCUCCAGGUCCUCAUCGCUCGGGUAAUGAGGCUGCGGCAUGGAGAGCACCAGAUAUACCCGAUGGGUGCGAUCGAGCAUUUCCCUUCGUCGCUCAAGGGUGUUAUUCUCGCGCAGUUGGAGGGGUGGUACUCGCUCUUCGAGAACACACUGCAGCAAGGGCUCUAUAAUGAGCCGGAUCCGGCAAUGCGCUCGCUCAUAACACUGCUUCGGUUGCAACAUAAUACUAUAUGGACCUUCCUUAGUAGUUCCGGACCACGCAGGGAAAUGGAAUACGACGCCUACCUGCCGCAGUUCCAGCAAUGCCUGGAGAUGGCAAGCGACGUAGCGGCGGCCCACGAGCGAUACGCAGGGUCGCUGAAGCCGACAUUUACCCCUGAGAUCGGAAUCGUUCCCGUGCUGUACAUCAUCGGGGCUAAAUGCCGGCACCCAUCGGUCCGACGCAAGGCUUUGGAGAUCUUGCAACGACAGCCCAUACGAGAGGCUGUCUGGGAUAGUAUCUGUGUGGCUAGGGUGGUUGAGAGGAUCAUCGAGCUUGAAGAGGGCGGGUGCGGAGAGACGGGGAUAAUAGAGAGCAUGGACGAUAUUCCUGUGUGGCAGAGGAUCGAAACUUUGUCGUUUAUUCAUCUCCCGAGUGAGGCAAGGUUGGACGUUACGUAUACGUUCUGCACGAGGGAGGAGAAGCAUACUGAGUUUUUCAUGUUAUGAUAGGUAGGGAGUAGAGUCGAGUUAAUAUGCAUCUUGAGUGUGACGUAAUAUAGAAAAUAGUGAACUCUCGGAAAGCCAGCUUCUAGAAGGACGAGGUUGGAUCUGUAGUAAGUCCCACACUGGAUCUGCAGUAUACAGGUGGUAGCAGUCCGACUUCAGCUGGCUGCGACAUUUGUACACUAUAUACUUCGAAAACCCCACCAAAAUCAGGGGUUAUAAGGUAUAAGGUUAUUAUAGG